AUGAUCCCGUCACUGCUGACGAAGUCCCUUCUCUUUUCUCCCAACACCCACCUCACCACCUGGGCCCCGUCCCCUCACAACUACCCCGGUCGCCCUCUAGCUCUAUUCUACACUCUUAGCCACAUCUUCAACCUCUCCCUUUCCACGGGCAUCCUCCUCACACCCCUAAAACAAGCAUUGAAUGAAAAAGGAAUGGAUAUGAAAGUUGAGGUCAAAGAGGAAGAAGAGGAGAGGUAUGGGAUGAAUUAUCAGCAGACUAUGGAGAAGGUUGAGAUGACGACGACAACUAAACAGGAGGAAUCUUCCGUAGAUAUAAGCACAAAAGAGAUAAAAGAGUACGAUGAGGAGUACGGAGUGAUGAAGGAACUUUCUGAAGGACACAAGGACAUUAUGAUGGAGGAGGAGGACACGCCUACACAGAUCAGCACAGUCCAUGGACGGGACAUCGGGAAGAUCUCAGAGGAACGUCUCACGUGGCCUCCAGAAGAUGAGGACAUCACACAGUAUAGUCCAGGAGAAGACCAUAAUGUCCAUCAGGUGCCCCACGAUGUGGAUGGAUCAUCGUAUUCCUCUUAUCCGGAGGAGCCUCAGACUGGGAGGGGCGGGGCCUUCCUCCCAACACUUGUGGUCCAUAAACAAUCUGACACGGGUCAGAAGUCCUAUUCUUGCCCUGAGUGUGGGAAAAGUUUUUCACAGAAGGCCUAUCUUUCGAGGCACGAGAGAUCUCACACGGGGGAGAAGCCGUAUUCUUGCCUUGAGUGCGGAAAAAGUUUUGCGCGAAAAUCAAAUCUGGUCAUUCAUCAAAGAUCUCACACCGGGGAGAAGCCGUAUUCCUGUACCGAGUGUGGGAAAAGUUUCCAUUUGAAAAACACACUCAUCGGACAUCAGAGAACCCACACAGGAGAGAAACCGUAUUCCUGCCCUGAAUGUGGAAAAUGUUUUACACACAAGUUCCAUCUUCACAUGCAUCAGAGAACUCACACUGGGGAGAAGCCAUAUUCUUGCCCUGAGUGUGGGAAAUGCUUUUCAUGGAAGUUCUGUCUUUCCGUACAUCAGAGAUCUCACACAGGGGAGAAGCCGUAUUCCUGCUCGGUGUGUGGGAAAUGUUUUUCACAGAAGUCCCGUCUUUCCAUACAUGAGAGAUCUCACACAGGGGAGAAGCCAUAUUCCUGUUUGGAAUGUGGGAAAAGUUAUUCACAGAAGUCCGUUCUUUCCAUUCAUCAGAGAUCCCACACAGGGGAGAAGCCAUAUUCUUCUAUUGAGUGUGGGAAAAGUUUUUCACAAAAGUACCAUCUUUCCAGACAUCAGAGAACUCACACGGGGGAGAAGCCGUAUUCCUGCUCGGAGUGCGGGAAAAGUUUUUUACAGAAGUACCAUCUUUCCAGACAUCAGAGAUUGCACACAGGUGAGAAGCCCCAUUCCUGCACUGAGUGUGGGAAAGGUUUUUCACAGAAAUCAGAUCUCGUUAUACAUCAUAGAUCUCACACGGGGGAGAAGCCGUAUUCCUGCAAUGAGUGUGGGAAAUGUUAUUCACACGUGAGCCAUCUUUACGCUCAUCGGAAAUCUCACAAUGGUACGAAAGUAUUCCGACCCCAAGUGCAGCAAACGUUUCUUACAGAAGUCUCGUCCUGCCAAACAUCAGAGACCCCACACAACCCCUGA